AUGCUGGAUAUGGUAGAGGCAUUCAAAUUCAGGCUUCUUCAAUUCACUCCAUAUUAUGCUCAAGCUAACGGGCAGGCAGAAUCAAGCAACAAGGUAAUCAUCAACAUUAUCAGAAAAAUGCUUGAGAAGAAUCCAAAGCAGUGGCAUGAGAAGUUGUCAGAAACUCUGUGGGCAUAUAGAACUUCAAAAGGAGAAGCAACUGACAUGACCCCCUAUGCAUUAACCUGUGGUCAUGAUGCAAUUCUGCCUAUGGAGAUAGCUGUUCAGUCCCUCAGAAUUGCUCACCAACAUGAUCUGGUAGGAGAAAACUACUCUCAAGCCAUGCUGCUAGAACUGGAAGAAUUGGAUGCAAGCAGAAUUGACACCCUCAAUAAACUCCUGGCAGGAAAGCAAGUUGUGUCAAGGGCUUAUAACAAAAAAGUCAAGAACAAGAGUUUUGAAGAGGGAUAG